UCACCGUGUAACGCGAGACCGCGCUCGCUUCUGAUUGGCUACUUGCAGUUGCGCGCCGGAUCUGGCGCAAUCACGCAUGCGCCGCGCGGUGACAGGACAGACGAUUUGGGGUUUUGUAGGUUCCCUCGCGCCGUUUGUCUCAGGGAGAGAAGAACUUGAGUUCCAGGCUCCCGCUGUGUUAGUUGCACCGUGUUCCCUCAUGGCUCCCCGGCUGCAGCUGGAGAAGGCCGCCUGGAAAUGGACCGACACCGUCAGACCGGAGGACGUUGGACAAGAGCACAUAGAGGCUGCCUAUCGGGUCCGCCUGGAGCCCUGUGUCCGCGGAAUCUGCCGGAGGAACUGCAAAGGAAACCCAAAUUGUUUAGUUGGAGUUGGGGAGCACGUCUGGUUGGGGGAGAUUGAUGAAAAUACCUUCCAUAAUAUCGAUGACCCAAACUCUGAACGGAGGAAAAAGAACACGUUUGUUGGGCUGACAAACCUCGGAGCCACCUGUUAUGUGAACACGUUUGUCCAAGUGUGGUUUCUGAACAUGGAGCUGCGCAGAGCUCUGUAUUUGUAUGAGAACUCGUGGAGCGCUGAGAAGGCUGAGCAGUGCAUACAGGAAGAUAAAGAAUAUGAACCUCAAACAAUCUGUGAGCAUCUUCAGUAUUUGUUUGCUCUGCUGCAGAACAGUAACCGGAGAUACAUUGAUCCCUCCAGUUUCAUAAAAGCCCUGGGACUGGACACUGGGCAGCAACAGGAUGCACAAGAAUUUUCCAAGCUCUUCAUGUCGCUGCUGGAAGACACGUUGUCAAAACAGACGGACCCAAUUGUUAGAAACAUUAUUCAGGAGCAGUUCUGUGGGCAAUAUGCCUAUGUCACCAUAUGCAGCCAGUGUGGCAGGGAAUCCAAGCUGGUAUCCAAAUUUUACGAGCUGGAGCUGAAUAUCCAAGGACAUAAGCAGCUAACGGAAUGUAUUGCGGAGUUUCUCAAGGAGGAAAAGCUUGAAGGUGAUAAUCGCUACUUCUGUGAGAACUGUCAGAGUAAGCAAAAUGCCACUCGUAAGAUCCGACUACUUAAUCUUCCCCCAACGUUGAAUCUGCAGCUCAUGCGCUUUGUGUUUGACAGGCAAACCGGUCAUAAGAAGAAACUGAACACAUAUAUUGGAUUUUCUGAGAUUCUUGAUAUGGAUCCCUACCUUGAACAUGCAGAUGGUACAUAUUGCUAUGAACUGAGCGCAGUUCUAAUCCAUCGAGGGGUGAGUGCAUACUCUGGUCAUUACAUUGCUCAUGUCAAGGACCCACAGACAGGGGAGUGGUACAAAUUCAAUGACGAAGAUAUAGAAAAGAUGGAAGGGAAGAAGCUGCAGCUUGGAAUUGAGGAAGAUCUAGAACAAUCCAAAACAGCACCCCGCAAACCCAAAUGUGCAAAAGGAAUUCACUGUUCUCGCAAUGCCUACAUGUUGGUCUAUAGGCUGAAGACAGUGGAAAAACAAGAUAUUGCUUUUGAAGUUCCAGCUUUCCUACAGAAGCUGGUGGAACUGGAUAACUGCAAGUUUGAGGAGUGGUGCGUGGAGAUGGUGGACAUGCGCAGAGAAAGCGUAGAUAAAGGCAAAGCCAAACACGAGGAGGUGAAGGAGCUGUACCAGAGGUUACCAGCUGGAGCUGACUGUGCCUAUGAGUUUGUGCCGCUGGAGUGGCUCCAGAAGUGGUUGGAUGAAUCCGCCCCGACCAAACCUAUUGACAACUCCAAGUGUCUGUGUUCUCAUGGGAGACUGCACCCUGAUAAGAUCUCCCUCAUGAAGAGAAUCUCUCAGCAGGCAGCAGAUAUCUUCUACAAGAGAUAUGGAGGGGGCCCUCGCAUAACUGGAUUUCUCAGCAGACUGUUUGAUGCUCACCCACCCAAUGUAUCAUACUUAUCCACUUUUCUAGCUAAUUCUCUCUGCAAAGACUGUGUGGUGGAAAGGUGCAGGGUGUUGCGCUUGAAGAACCAACUGAAUGAAGAUUACAAAUCUAUAACUAAUAUGGUUAAACUUCCAGCGGAGAGUAAUGAAGGCUUCUGGAUUGGAAAGAGCUCGCUGCGCCGCUGGCGUCAGUUGGCAACCGAGCAACUGGACCAACAGGAAGAGGAAUUGGCCCACGGAGAUUGGAAAGUAAACGGAGAAGCCCCAAAGAUCAGUGAGGAGGGGCCAGACGAGGAGAAAAAGGAGACGGAUCCUGAUCUCGGAUUUAAUGAAGAUAUUAUUUGUCAGCACCGGGGGCUGAGCAUAUUGGAGAGUGAGAGGAGACUGAUCUCUGAAGUAGCCUGGUACAAACUGAAACAAUACUUUCCCACGGCCCCUGAGUUCCGACACAGCCAGGAGUCCUGCUCCCACUGCAAGGUUCUGGAGCAGGAAGGGGAGAGGCAUGAAGCUCUGCAUAAGAUGAUGGCAAAUGACCAGAAGGCUGCACUUCCCAACUUGUUUCAAGACAAGAACAGACCGAUACUGGGGAGCUGGCCUCAGGAAACGUCCGAUCUCUUCGUUGUGUCUCAGUUCUUUGUGGAAGAAUGGAAGAAGUUCAUUAGGAGACCCACAAAGUGCAACCCUGUCAUGUCUAUAGGGAACAGUCUUCUUCUCUGCCCGCAUGGAGGUCUCAUGAUCGCCUUUUCCAACAUGAACAAGGAGGACUCCAGGCUUAUAGCUCCCAUAUGGCCUGCAGAAUGGGACGCCAUCCAAAAACUCUUUAUUGUUGAUCACACAAUCAAAAUCAGCCGAAUAGUUGUAACCAGGGAGGACGGGACAUGCUCUGUGGACUAUGAAUCAGACCCCAAGCUGUGCCCGGACUGUAGGGAAGGAUUGUUGUGUCAGCAGCAGAGGGAUCUGCGGGAAUAUGCACAGGCCACAAUCUACAUUCAUAAGGUGGUGGAUCGGAAGAAGGUAAUGAAGGAGGUGGCACCGGAGCUGAACGUGAGCAGUUCUGACCCAGAGGAUGAGAAAGAUGAGCCCAGAGCAGAUGGGGAAAGUGACCCUGACUUUAAUCAGGUGAAUGGAACGGCUAAAAAACAGAAGUUGUCCGGCCAAGGGCAUGUGUCCACUCAGAAGCAGGGGGUCCGACGAAGCACUCGGCAUAGGAAAGUGCGGGGGGAGAGGGCCUUGUUGGUCUCGGCCAAUCAGACCCUAAAGGAACUAAAAAUACAGAUUAUGCAUGCGUUCUCUGUGGCUCCGUUUGAUCAGAACCUGUCGAUAGAAGGAAAGAUCCUGAGUGAUGAUGCAGCCACUCUGGGGAAUCUAGGAAUUGUUCCAGAAUCCGUUAUUUUGCUAAAGGCUGACGAGCCGAUGGCAGAUUAUGCAGCUAUGGACGACGUGAUGCAGGUGUGUAUGCCGGAGGAAGGAUUUAAAGGAACGGGUCUGCUUGGGCAUUAACCCUCCCCGGGCCAAUGAGACGUCGGUGAGCUGCGUAUAAUAUUGAGGAACAGAAGGCGGAUCUUGGCUCUUCCACAAGACGGGAACGGUGUUGGGCUGAGCAGCUUCUCUUCCACUCGUCCCACUGGGAAUGCCUUACACCCCCUCUCACAUGCACUGACGGAGCGGGGGGGACACGGGACACAAUUCAACUUUUAUAUGUAAAUAGCGGAGGAAAUGAAGAGUUUAUGUGAAGAACAGAUGCCAUAUUCCUUGUUUACAUACAGAUAUAAGGGACUUUUUUUCUGCCCACUUCAGUGCUUUCUAUCAUAUCAGUUCCCCUGAGAAUAAGGGCCCGGCCCCUGGCAUUGCGUUUCUCUUGUGUGAGAUUUGUCUCAUUCUCAUAUUAAACUAUUCAUGGGUUUGGCUGAUCCCAUGGUUCCUUUUUUAUAAA